AUGAAAGACUGCUUAGAAAUCAAAUAUAGGGAUUUAAGCUGUUUUUGUGGACCUGAACCUGGACGUUGUAUGUGUUUCUCACCACGGCAUCACGUUCUUGUUAAGAAAUGCGCACCCUAUUAUCGCUGCACUUCUUCUUUUAGUGAUAUCAUCUCCAACGAUAUAAGCGCACAAUUAGCUUCGGUGCAUUGUCCAGAAGAUAAUAAUAAUGAUUUUGACAAUAUUACUAAAUAUACAGAAACUACAGACGAUUUAAUUUAUGUAGAUAAUCCUGAUUUUCCUAUUUUAUCGGACAUCCAGAAUACUCAAACCAGGAGUCUUGAUACUACAUCGGUAAUAUCUAAUUCUGAAGAUGAUUUGAUGGACGCAAAGUUUGGAAUCUUAUCUGACACUCAAGAAAAUCAGACCAGAAGUCUUGAUAUGCCAUCAACUACAAAUAAAUGGAGCAUCAAAUGUAAUCAAUGCAGUGUUCCUAUUACGGGAAAAUAUAAGGCAAAAUGCAUGGCAUGCAAAAAAUACUAUUGUGAUGAAUGUGUUGACGGUCCCAUAUAUUUUGACUACAUCUGUGAUAUUUGUUAUGGAGAUUAA